GUAUCAUUUCCCCGCUUUGCUAUAAAUAUAACCAUGUUUUUAACGAAGUCUCCUUUAAGAAGGUAGCUGUGCUUCGCUACAGAGCAGUAAUUGGAGUGAAAGCAUGCGUCUUUCAGAUGGAUAGCGAUGGCCUCGACAUUUGAUCCGUGUUUCUGCUCUGGGAUGUAACAUGGUGCAUGGCAGGCUGGAAGAGUACAAUCCCUCGGCAAGGAAACAGCAAUGGAUCACCAGCCGGCUCAUUCGAUGUUGACGCGUUGCAUUUUGAUCCUUACUGUCGCCAGACUUGCUCAAGGGACCACGUGCCAACCUGGCUGUCAUUCAUUAAAUGGACUCUGUGAGAUCACUGGUGAAUGCAGGUGUAAGCCUGGUUGGCAGGGAGACCUGUGUGAUAAGUGUAUUCCUUCUCCUGGCUGUUUACAUGGCACGUGCACCAAACCUUGGGAAUGUGUUUGUAAAAAAGGGUGGACUGGCAGUCUCUGCGACAGAGUGUUCCUUAAUUGUUCAACUGAACAUUCUUGUGCAAAUAACUCCACAUGUAUAAGGGAUGAAGAUGGUGGCUAUACAUGUACAUGUGAAGAGGAAUUUACAGGAAACCAAUGCCAACUCAGGAAAAGCCCCUGCUACACCAAUGGGACACUUUGUCAGAAUGGAGGAAGUUGCUUUGAAGAUAACAGGACCGCAGUCAAGAACUACUGCUUAUGUUUGCCUGGUUUUACUGGGGGCAUCUGUGAAAAAAGCAUCAGCAAUUGUAAUCCAAAUCCUUGUGCCAACCAUGGAACCUGCAUGGAUCUGGUUUCCAACUUCAGCUGCCUUUGCAUUGGAGGGUUCACUGGCAAAUUCUGUGAUUAUGCAGUCACAUCUUGCCUUAGUCAUCCAUGUCAAAAUGGGGGCACAUGCCAUGAUCAUCCUAAGGGUGGCUUUGAUUGUGCAUGUUUGCCUGGUUAUGGAGGAGAAAUCUGCCAACAUGAAGCAUUUAUUACUUCUACUCAUGACUCAAGGCAGAAUGUAUCUGAGCAUGCAAGAGCAAGAUGGACCAGACAUGGCAAGCAUUUUCGUCCACUGCUGCAUGCCUCUCAUAAAGCAACACCACAGCAAGGAAAUGAUAUGAUCAAGAUAACACUGAAAGAAACCAUCCAUACAUCGAACUCACUGCUCAACAGCAGUCAAAUGAUCUGUUUUACAAUGCUUGCGUUAUUUACGUGUCUUGUGAUCCUCGGAUCUGUAGGAAUCAUCUUCUUCUCCAAGUGUGAAAUGUGGCUGGCAAAUGCUAAGUAUCGGCAUCUCCUCUGGAAGCAAAGAAGGCAUUUACUCCAAGACAAAAAUGAAGACUUUUCAGUCAAAAUUAUAUCUCCAAGCAUGAAUAAAUUUACAAGCUAUGGUAAUAAUUAUACGUCCUUCUAAAGUUUUUUUGUAAAUCAAACACAUAUACAAAAUAUUGCAUAAUUUAAUACAUUUGCAAUUGUAACAGCUAAUCACGUUUCAUUCAUAAGAUACUGUAUUAUUUUAGUUUUGAUUAAUGUCGUAAAACACACGCACAUUCAUGUAAAGUGCUAUCCAAAGAUUUUUUCAAGAAUAAUGGGUAUUCAUUCAUGCCUUAGUUAUUUUUUAUUUUCCUUCAUUUGGUGACCUGCAGAAUGGAGAAAGGAAAUAACUGAAUUCCUUUUCAUUUGUUUACGAUUGUUUACAAUCUAUUGGAACCAGCACUAAUGUACCCUGUUUUAGUCUGAAAUCAUAAUUUGUAUUGUAUAAUGAAAUCUACUCCGCUGUACACAUUCAAAAAUCCGAAUGCUUAAGAUGUUAGUUUGCUUACUACUACAACUUGCUACUUUACUUUAGUUACAGUCCAGCAUUGUGACGGUGUUAUGACAAUGCUCAUUUUGCAUCCCGAGUACAAGAAUUAAAUUAAAAAGCUUUGACCAAAUAAAUAUUUAUCUUUGAAUGUCAUACAAUGUACUUAAAUUCAGUGGGUUUGAAUAAACAAAAUGUAGUGUGUUAAGAUAAUUGUUCAUUUUGUUCAUCAAGUCCUCAUUUUGAAUUGUAUUGAGUUGAGCCCAGGCUACAGCUGUGUUUCAUAGGUUCAAAUCCCAGCCAAGAAUGUAAAUACAGUUAAUCCACACAUACAGAUGCGAAACGCACAUGUGGAAUUAGAAAGAAACAACAUGCGGUUGGAUCAUGCUGUUAAUUACUUUAACUGAUCUGACAACAAAUGACUGGUCUUGGGUCAGAAACUGUGGCACUCAGUUCCUUUAGAAAAAUUGUUCGCACAGAUUCAUAGAAUUGUGCAGUUGAAAACAGGGCCAUUGGCCUAACCGUUCCACACCUUGAUACCGAUCUACCCUAAUCAUAUGUUCCUGCAUUUAGAAACAUAGAAAUUAGGUGCAGGAGUAGGCCAUUCGGCCCUUCGAGCGUGCACCGCCAUUCAAUAUGAUCAUGGCUGAUCAUCCAACUCAGUAUCCCGUACCUGCCUUCUCUCCAUACCCCCUGAUCCCCUUAGCCACAAGGGCCACAUCUAACUCCCUCUUAAAUAUAGCCAAUGAACUGGCCUCAACUACCCUCUGUGGCAGAGAGUUCCAGAGAUUCACCACUCUCUGCGUGAAAAAAGUUCUUCUCAUCUCGGUUUUAAAGGAUUUCCCCUUUAUCCUUAAGCUGUGACCCCUUGUCCUGGACUUCCCCAACAUCGGGAACAAUCUUCUUGCAUCUAGCCUGUCCAACCCCUUAAGAAUUUUGUAAGUUUCUAUAAGAUCCCCUCUCAAUCUUCUAAAUUCUAGAGAGUAUAAACCAAGUCUAUCCAGUCUUUCUUCAUAAGACAGUCCUGACAUCCCAGGAAUCAGUCUGGUGAACCGUCUCUGCACUCCCUCUAUGGCAAUAAUGUCCUUCCUCAGAUUUGGAGACCAAAACUGUACGCAAUAACAUUUGGCCCAUAUCCCCCUGAAUCUUUCAUACCUACAAGUGUCUUCUAAAAUUUUCAGGGCAGUCA